AUGAAGGUCGAGGCAUCUGAAGAGAAGCAGCAGACCGAUUUGACUGAGAAGCAUCAUGACACGAUAUCACAGCAGCCUGAAGCAUCGGAGAAGCACGAUCAGGAUCAGGGCUCUGGAGCACCUGAGGAGCCUGAGCAAAACCCUGAAGCAUCUGGAAACCCUGUUCAGAAGUCUGAAGCGCCUGAGAAGCCUGAUCAAGACCCAGGAGCACCUGUGAAACAUGAUCAUGAUCUUGAUCUAAACUGGCCUAUUCAGCAGCCUGACGCGCCUGCGAAGCCCAAGCUCGAAGCAGCUGAACCUACUGUCGUGGCCGAUCCGCCUGCUCAACAUCCUGAUGCAGCUGAAAUGUCUAAUCAACGGACGGAUCCCAUCUACAAGCGUACCGUCGACAAGCCCUCUGAUCAACCUGCCACGGCUGGUGAUCACCCCGAGGUUGUUAUGGCGAAGUCUGACGCACUCCAUGCUACCUCGCAGCCCCCUGAUGCAGCUGAUAAGCAUUCUCAGCAGACGGAAGCUGCUGUUGAAUCCACUUCUGAGCAGAUUACUACGCAUGCCGACAAGCCUACGGAGCAGUCUGACGCACCCCAUCCGACCUCGCAGCCGCCUGAUGCAACUGCGAUUCAGUCUCAGCAGACGGAAGCUGAUGUUGAACUAUUUCAGCAUGUGAAUGUUCAGCAGACUGCUGAGGAGGCCGACAAGCCCACUGAGCAGACUGCAGCACCCAAUGCGUCUGCUCAGCCUCCUGAUGCAGCUCGAAAUCAUUCGCAGGAAACGGAAGCUGAUGUUGAACCCUCUCAGCAUGUGAAUGCUGAGCAGACUGCUGAGGAGGCCGACGAGCCUACUGAACAGACUGAAGCACCCAAUGCGUCCUCUCGGUCUCCUGAUGCAACUGCUAAACACACUCAGCAGAUGGAAGUUGAUGGUGAACCCACUCAGCAUGUGGAUGCUGAGCAGAGUACUGAGCAUGCCAAGCCUACUGAGCAGUCUGACGCACCGGACCAGCCCGCUGGGCCUGGCGAGGCUGUUGACACGCUUGUGGAGCAGCCGUUAGCAGCUGAGCUUGCUGAGGAACCUGCUGAGAAGCCUUUGGCAGCUGAGCAUACACAGGAGACUGAUGGGGGUGUCGCACCACACACGUCCGUUCCGCAGACUGAUGCGCCUGAGAAGCCCACCCAGCUGCCUACACAACAGCCGUCUGAACAGCCGACUCAACAGCAGCCUGCGACAGCUGAGCCUCAGCCUGAUGCGACGCCAUCAAAACGAAGGCGAGGCACGGCUGCUCGCGCAGCCCCUGCCACGCCUGUUGUCGCACCGGUGCAAGGGGACAGAGUGGUGGGUGCAGUCGAGGGGCUGUUGCCUGGAGCGCUGCUCACACCUGGCGGGAGGAGAAUGACUCGGUCCAUGUGGAGGUCUCUUGGACUGAUGCCGGAAGGGGGGAGCGAGAGUGACAGGAGCAGCAUGAGCGCUAGUGCGAGUGCUAGUGCUAGUGCAAGUGUGAGUGUGAGUUUGUCGGGGCUGAGGAGAGGGGCGAGGAGAGGGAGAGGGGGGAGGCGGGGCGCUGGGAAGGGGGAUGCUGGGAGCGAGAGCGGGAUGAGCGCGGAAGGGGAGGGGGAAACGGAGGUGGAGAGUAAGGCGAAAGGGGCGGGAGGGGGAGUGGGGGGAGCGGGGGGGGCGGGAGGUGAGGAGGGUGAAGGGGAAGGGAAGGGUUUGGUGCUGGAGAGGAUUAGUGAGUGGGAGGAGAGGAUAAUGGAGGUGGAAGAGGAGGAGCAGGAGGAGGAGGAGGUGCGUCGGGCUAAAGAGAGGGCCAAGGCAAAGGCUGAGGAGGAGAAAGCCAAGGGGAAGGGGAAAGAGAAGGCGAGAAGCCCGAAGGGUGGGCGGAGGGGAGGUGGGAGGGGUAAGCAGGGGAGGGAAAGUGAAGAGGAAGGGAGUGUGGCGGGAGGUGGAGGGGAGGAGGAAGGGAGAGGAGAUGAGGAUGGAGGUGGUGAAGGGGAGACGAGUAAGCGGAAGGGGAAUGAGGAGGGGAGGAAGGAGGGAGGGGUGGAGGAGAGGGUUGAGAGCGUGGGAAUAGAGAGGGAGGGGGGACGGCGAGAGGAGGGGCAGGUGAACGUAUAUGUGCGGAGGAGGAAAAGGGCAGGAGGCAUGGGCGAGGGGCAAGCGACACCAUCAGGAAGCAAUGUUGAUGCUGCCAUGUGCCACGAGACUAGCAACAGUGCUAUGCGCCAAGAGGCUGGUUCAGGGGGAGGAGUGAAGGACGCGGAAGCAGAGGCAGGCGUGAGUGGUGGAGUGGCUGGGGAGAAAAAGGAGUUGGAGACUGGUGAGUCUGCUGGUGCUGCUGGUGCUGCUGAUGAUGAUGCUGCUGCUGAUGAUGAUGAUGCUGCUGGUGCUGGUACUGAAAAGAGUGUACAUGGCGAAAUGGAGUGUGACGAGCAGCUGGAGGAGGAGAGGAGAGAGGAGGUGGCUCCUGGGCAAAUGGGGAAGGUCAAUACUGAACAAGGGGCGGAGGUCGCUCCUGGGCAAGGGGAGAAAGUGGCUUCUGGGGAACCGGGGGAGGUGGCUCCUGGGGAAGGGGGUGAGUUGCCUCUUGAAGAAGGGGAUGGCGAAGGCAAUAGGAAUGCAGGGCAACAGGAGGGGCGUGGUGGGGUGCAAGCGGGGGGGAGGAAGGCGAAGGUUGCAGUUGGGGUGGAGGUGGAAAGGGAGAGGAGUGAGAAGGAGGCGAGGGAGGCUGAAGAGAUGGAGAAGGACGGGGCGAUGAGGGAGGAGCUGGAGAGGGAGAGGAGGGAGAAGGAGGCACGAGAAAAAGAAGCGAGCGAGAAAGAGGCAAGGGAAAAGGAGGAAGCGAUGAGGGAGGAGUUGGAGAAAGAGAGGCGGGAGAAGGAGGCGGCGGUGAGAGAGCUGCAGAGGAUGAGGGCGGAGAUGAAGUGGCAGAUGGAGCUGAUGCAGCAGCAGGUGGUGCGCGCCAGAAGGUAUUCGAGCUACAAGAACUCUGUGCGUGCUGCCAUGGCCAUGGCUGCUCACCUGCGGCAAACGGCUAGAUCCAAGGUUGCUCGAGCGAAAGCUCUGGCGGAAGCUCGAAGCAGAACCCGGGCAGGUGAAUUUCCCGCAGCUGGGGAACCUGGGGGCUCGGGCAGGAAGAAACGAUCACCCGGUAAGCAGAGGAAAGCAAUGGAAGCGUCGCAAGUUUCCAAGCAGAGAAGGGUUGGAGAGGAGAGGCAAGGCUGGGAUAUAGUGAUGGAUGAGGGAGAAGAGAAGGACAAGAGGGCGGAUGUGGCAAGGGGAAAGAAGAUUCAGGCGGAAGGGAGGAAGCAGAAGGAAGAUUAUUCUGAGGAGGAGGGGGAAGAGGAAGCAGAGGCUCAGUGGGAAGAAAAGCCGGAGUGGGAGGAGGGGGGAGGGGAUGAGGAACGUGAGGAGGGAGAGGAGGAGGGACCAGAGGAGGGAGAGGAGAGUGAGGAGGAGGGAAUCCCUUUGACGCGCAGUGUGCAGCGAGAGGCGUCGUUUAAAUCGUGGGUGAAAGCAGAUUCUAAGUCGUCUGGGGGUACUGCUGCUUACAGUGGAGGGGAGUUGAAAGGAAGUAUACAGGGGAUUGGGUGUGCAGGGCGGGGGGGCGAAGAGGAAGGGGAGGUGGAUCUGAGGCAGGUGAAUCUGGCUAGUGCUCUAGACCGGGCGUGGGAGCAGGAGCAGGGAGAGAAAGAGGAGGGGGAGGAGGAGGCAGGAGAGAAGAGGAGGACGAAGAAAGGGCGUGGGGGAGUUAAAGCUGGGGAGGAUAAGAGCGGGGGGGGUGAGUGGGCCGGGGAGCAAGGAGGCGAGGACGGGAGAACGGAAGAAAGGGAAGCUGGAGGAGAGGAGAGGGGAGAGAGCGAUAGUGGGAGUAGUUCAGAGGGAGGUGGGAGUGCGGCGAGCACGAGAGGAUCGUCGGAUUCGCCUGGAUCGGACGGUGGAGAGGGGUUUAGCUUUGAUGACGUGGUGACACGUGCUGGGAUAUUAGAGGAUGGAGGGGUGAAGCAUUUGGAUGGGGGGGCACGGGUGGAGGGAGAGAGUGACCAGGCGAGAUUGCGUGAGAAAGAUGGUGGUGGGGUGAAUGAGGGUUUAGAUGUGGGGAUUAAGGGGACUGCUGUUGGUGGAUUGGGAGAAGGAGGGGAGGAGAGGGGUGUGAAGGUGGAGGGAGGCGAUGAGAGAGAGGAGGGGGAGGUGGAUGAAGGGGAAGAGGGAGAAGAAGGAGAGGAGGCAGGUGAGUGGGAGGGAAGGAGGGGAGAUGUGGGAGAGGAGGGAGAAGAAGGAGAGGCUGGUGUGGGUGGAGAGGAGGUAGGUGUGGGAGAGAGGGGAAGAGAGGGGGAGAAAGCUAGCUGUAAGAGGGAGAAAGGGGCCGGUGUGGAGGGAAAGGCGCCUGAUGCUAGGAACGGGGAUGUUAUGACUGGGAUGAAGCGGAAGGGGGGAGGAGAUUUGGAGGAGGUGAAAGUGAAAGGGAGGAAAAGGAAGGCGGGGGAAAAGGGGAAUGCUGGUGAUGGGCAUGGGCAUGGGCAUGGGAAUGGUGUUUUUAGACUAGUGUGGAGGAGGAUUGGACGGAGGUGGAUGUUACAACGGGUGAUCUAG